GUAGUAGUCUAAUCCCUGCGCCCUGUUGGUGGAAAUCCCCACGUGGUCCACUGGUGUAUAAAAACUUUGGGUGCGCGGAGCCCCUGUUGUCGUGACUGCAAAGGGAGAAAAGGGUCUCAGUGCUCAGUGAACAACAGCAUCUUGCAGGACGCACGGAGCUGCGCGCAUCGGACCCAGUACCCAGGCGCACACACACACACACACACACACACACAAAAGACACGGGACUCGGCGAGCUUUGUUAUUCUCUGUGGGACUGCAGCUGUUGGACACUCUGCAUGUUGCUUGAAUGGGAAAGAGCGGGUUGGACGCGUUUUUUUAUUGAUACUUCUCGGAGGCGGUGUGCUUUUCUCCGGUUGUUUUGGUAGAUUCCACAUCCGAGGUGAACAAUCCGUGUGACAGAAGCGCGUCAAACGAUUCCGAACUUGCGAGUGCGCCUGGCAAUCAGAGAGAUGAACUUCUACUGUGUGCAGAGAACAGACGUAUUGCUGGAUAACCAACCUGAAGGCACAGCGCCUGGGGUUCAUUAGCCCCCUCACACUGUUUUCAGCAGCGCUCUUGUAUGUUUGGGAAUACACCGAUCGCGCUGACUUCUGUGGAUAACUUGUGGCACUCACUUUUGGAACACGAGUGGACGUUCGGAUAAUUGUAAAUUGAAAAAUCAGCUUUAAGCUCAGAGUGUGUGUCUAACAUACAUAUGCACCAUUAUCUUCCAUAGCAUAUGGACUGUAAUCAUACAUUAAAAAAAAAAAAAAAAAAAAUGAGCAUCUACAGUGUGGCUUUGUCCUGUUUGGUGGCGUGCGUUCUGUCCGUCCGCUGCAGCACGGUGGCCGGGACAGAGACGCAGAGUUUGCCCCAGGAGUCGUGCGCGUCCUGCGGCCUCAGGGCGUCGGACCAGUCGGAGCGCGUGGACAUAGACUUUUUGGAAGCGGUGAAGAGGCACAUACUGAACCGGCUGCAGAUGAGAGACAGACCCAACAUCACCCACCCCAUCCCGAAGGCUGCGAUGGUGACGGCGCUGAGGAGGCUGCACGCCGGGAAGGUGCGCGAGGACGGCCGGGUGGAGAUCCCCAGCUUUGACGGACAGGCGGCGUACAACAACGAGGUUCAGGCGGAGAACUCGGAGAUCAUCAGCUUCGCAGAAUCAGACGAUCGCACCUCCAAGUCCGGCCUGUACUUCCACGUCUCCAACGAGGGCAACCAGAACCUGUUCGUGUCCCAGGCCAACCUGUGGCUCUACCUCCGCGUGCUGCCAGCCGGCCCUGAGAAGGGCCUCCGGAGGAAGGUCACCGUCAAGAUCCACUACCCGGAGGCUGCGGCUGGCGGCGGUGCGGAGGGAGGGCCGGGGGGCGGCGGCGGCGGAGGGGGAACAGGCCGCUGGGCUCUCGUGGAGAAGCGGGUGGAUCUGAAACGCAGCGGCUGGCAUACCUUCCCCCUGUCGGAGGCGCUGCGGGCUGUGUUCGGGAAAGCCGGUCGGCGUCAGGACCUGGAGGUCCACUGCGACGGUUGCGAGACAUCCGGCGUGGCUCCGGUGCUAGUGGACCCGGGCGACCCGUCCCACCGGCCCUUCCUGGUAAUGCGGGCGCGACAGGUGGACGGAAAGCACCGCAUUCGGAAGCGGGGGCUCGAGUGCGACGGCACCAGCGGGGGCCUUUGCUGCCGGCAGCAGUUUUACAUAGACUUCCGCCUCAUUGGCUGGAACGACUGGAUCAUCGCGCCGGCUGGUUAUUACGGCAACUACUGCGAGGGCAGCUGCCCGGCGUACAUGGCCGGCGUGCCCGGCUCGGCGUCGUCCUUCCACACGGCGGUAGUCAACCAGUACCGGAUGAGAGGCAUGAGCCCCGGCUCGGUCAACUCCUGCUGCAUCCCCACCAAGCUCAGUACUAUGUCCAUGCUCUACUUUGACGAUGAAUACAACAUCGUAAAGAGGGAUGUGCCCAACAUGAUCGUGGAGGAGUGUGGCUGCGCUUGACUCCACACCGACAUUCAUUAUCUUUGGACUAUGGAACAGUCAGGAAGGUCUUUAAUACAGACGGGACGUUGUUGUACGGUACACAUAUACAAUAUAUAUAUAUAUAUAUGUAUAUAUAUAUAUAUAAAUAACUACUGUUUGUGCAAGCAGCACACACACUGGCUUGUCUGGUACAUCUCGCAAAUGCAAAAGUACCAGUGUUGUGUCCAUGUGUGUUACGAGUGUUGCGAGUGUGUGUAUUUAUCGGACUGAGUGACUGAGUGCUUGCUGCGCCGUGCCGACGACCGCUCAGCGACGGGACGACAAGGGAACCACGAUCACCAAAUGAUACUUUGCUCUAGUUUGCCAUUUCUAGUCAAAAAAUAAUGGCUCGUCAUCUCCUCUCGAAUGAAGAUAACCAGCGCUUAAGGAAAAGUGACAGGAUCGGCCGCCCCCGACGCUCCCAAACACCCUGCUCCUCCAACCCUCUUAAGUACUUAAGCACACCACAGACUUUUUUUUUUUUUUCUUUUUUUAUAAAGCACUGACAAUUCAUCCGCUUAUACAAUUCAGAAACACCAGCACUUCCCUACAACGCCAACAGACACAGUCUAACUGUCCUCUCUGGUGAAAUCAGAACUUCUGAAAUCUUAACGCCCUGCAGGAUUAUCAACUCGCCACAGAAAGGUUGAAGAAAGUCCUCCACGUAGCCGCCGCCGCCGCCGCCGCCGCCGCCGCCGCUGCUGCUGCUGCUCGGGCCGUUCUCGCUAUCGACUACGGGCUUCAACUUCCUGCCUGUCAGGAGGGAGCUGCAGGCCCCGCUACCGUGACAACCAGGUGAAGCUAGAUCUCAUAAGUGCACUUCGCUUGUGCACCGGGAGCGACACAGAGAGAGAGAACCGCUUCCUCCCGCCCCCCCCCCCGUGGGCCUGCGGGAGUGGGUGACUCCAGUUUGGGACACAUAGUGUGCAGUGCAGAACUUGCAGAAACUGAAAUGCACACCCUGAAUAGCACUUGUAUAAAGAAAUGCCUUCCAAGGGGUACCGAGUAGUGGUGUAAAUCCUAGGUUUUUAAUCGCUGUACCGACAUCCAACCCUUGGACAUCGAGACGAUAUUUGGCCGAAAGUCUGUCCCAAUGCGGAAUCCCGAUUCCAUUCCUUUCAGGGGCCUGCGAUCGAUCUGAGACGGAUUAAGGAGCCCAUUGAACACAGUCAACUCAAAAAGGCAACUUACGUGUGAUUUGACAACUUUUAUAACUGAGCUCUUUAAGAUAUUUAAAUUAACAACCAACUACUCUUUUUAAUAAAAAGAUCAAAUAUAAAGCGGGAAUAGAAAAUAAGGAGGCAUCUCAUCGAUGAUGUUUGUUUUGAAUUGUGGAUCAUUGAAUCCAUUUGCCGAUCCAGAUCUAGUACUGAGUGUCCUGUCCUAUCGCUACAUAAGUGCCACAUGAGCUAUGCAAUGUAUAGUAACCUAUCCCCAUACUCACCAUGCUCUGUUAGACUGGAUUCUCUUUCUCUCUCUCUCUCUCUCUCUCUCUCUCUCUCUCUCUCUCUCUCUCUCUCUCCUUCUUUCUCGCUUCCCUCCUCGACUCUUUAUCAAUACUUGAAAUGUAAUCUUUCGCUUCCUUUCCAAAGCGAAUGAUUGUUGUGACGUUUGCACUGAAAAGUUGCGGGAUUAGUGAGACAAAAAAAACUGCCAUUGAAAAGUUAUUUUUAUAGAAGUAAAUUGAAUUUUGUUUCAAAUGUAUUUUACCUAAUUAAUGGAACCAAAGAGGCCAAUAUUUUAGCUAUUGUACUAAGAUGGCGAGGCCAUGGAGUUACUGUGUACAAUACUGUUUUUGAUCAUUUGCAAUAGGCCUACCACUGUAUCAGGGUACGACAUAUGAUUUCAUUUCUUAGCUCUAUUUUCAUUCCGUUUUGUACAAUAAGCAACACUUUUCAUCUUUAAUUCUGUUUUUGUUUUAAGUUUUCUAUUUAAUAAAAAAAAAGUUAUUUUUAGUUCCUUUCUAAGAAGCAUUUAGUCAAAUUAAUGUCAUCUGUACAGUUUACGUAAAAUAAAAUGUUUUCUUAAAUAUUCA